AUGAUGAUCAACCAAGAAUGGCCGGUUGUGGCAGACCGUAGCCAAAAGAAGAGGAUCCAGAACCGAGUAGCACAGAGAACAUAUCGCAAUCGCAUAAAAGAGCGCAUGGAAGAGCUACAAAAAGAGGUCAACGAGUAUCGCCGCCGAGAGCAACAGCAAGCCUCAUCAGAGCCUCAAGACGGAAGCGUUGGCGAAUCCGACCGAGACACUAUCAACGUUGAUUCAAGUGGCGAAAAGGCUGUCUUCCUAGCGGAUUGUGUUACAGAUACAAGGGCCGAUAUCAAGUCACUGCCCAGUAUCGGCUCCAACACACCGCCACCGAAUAACACUUCUCCAGGCAAUCUCAGCAGCACUCACAGUAUCAAAAGUAUAAAUAGCCCUGGAGGUUCCGAAAAAGAAGGUAGUAGGAACAGUCAUGGCUAUACAAUGGACAUGGACAGACGCGAAGAUGCCCCUCCAUCGAUAGGCAGCGUGACCCCCGAGCAAUCCAUAUCGAAUGUUGCGAUUCAGCAACCGCAUGCUAUUGUUCAACCUCUUCGUCUCAAUCAGCCACAGCAUCAAAGAGCUCACAUACCUCAGCAAUUUCCGUUCACAGCAUUUAGUUUGACAGCACCAGCUUUACCUCCCACCUACAAUUUGGCGACCGACUGGGGGUGGACGAACACGCCAAACAUGUAUAGAGACCCGAUGAAUCACCAAGCAAUCUCAGGCUUUCCGAACCUGAGACAAGUGCGAAGCGAUCAUGAUUCAAACUCGGACGCGUCAUAUACAAUCCCCGAUGUCACAGCAUUCAUGGCACAUCCCAAUGAGUCAAGAAGUUCCCAUCUUCAAACCAUGGAUCAAGAAACAGAUGUCCAAAAAUCAGCGCGUAGGUCAUCAGAUGAGUCAAGCGAUCCAGGAAGUUCAAGUUCCAGGAGUUCAAUGCUUGGUAGCGCAUUAUACGAUUGUACGGAUAAGGAUCUAGCAAGGAUGCUACAGAGCUAUGAGAACGGCGAGCAGCGAUUAAAAGAUAAGAGUAUAGAAGAUCGGUUCGAGUUUAUGCGAGUGUGUGCCUCUGUAGCUGGCUUCCACAGCAUUGAUGAUAUGGCAAAGCAGUACUACACUGCGGAAUUUAGUCAUGAUUCUGUCAUCUCACGGGAGCAACGCAACAGUCGACACAGUCAGCUUCCACAGUUACUCUCGAAACUUCGAAAGAGCGUCAAAACAUGGACUCAGUGGGAAGCUCAUCGCUAUCAGUACGAAAUAAUCAAGUCGGCACAGAGCCUCAUUCGUGCAGAGCGGAGCAAUUGCCAUACUGCAGAGACUAUCUACACUGAAGCACUUACGGAUCUGGAGAAGGCACUGGCCGCAGGGCUAGCUCAUAACUCGGGGGAGAGCGAUUUAAUACCAAGAGCAUUUCGAAGACUAUCCAAGGUGUUUCAAGAUACAGUAAGCCGUUCGAGUCCUGUUACCCUGGUGGCGAAUGUGCUCAGCACGUGGUACGAGUUGCUAAUUGUACUGAUUACCCUUGUAGUCACCGAAGACAUGGAAUUUAAUUGA